UUUCAGAUUUAUCUCUGUUAGAAUGUGUGGAACUGGAACCUGUGAGAUAUUAGUUGACAGCUUAAGAACAUCUCAGCGUGUCAAAUACAUAAAUGGCGAUUGUGUUCCUAGUUCUAGUGGUUAUGUAGCAGGCAGAGGGAACCAGGAACCAGAUUGUGUUCCUAGUCCUAGUGGUUCUGUAGCAGGCAGAGGGAACCAGGAACCAGAUUGUGGUCCUAGUUCUAGUGGUUCUGUAGCAGAAGGAGGGAACCAGAAGUCUUGGUUUCCAUAUAAAACUUUCGAAUCCAAGUUCGUUUCUCUGUUCAGUAGUUCAAUUAAUUCAGCAUCGGAAAAAAUCUUAAAUACCAAAUACGAAACUGUUAAAGAUGAUAUCUCCGACGUGUUAAAGUCCUAUGCUGACAGGACACAUCAAGGCCUAGAAAAGGUUUAUACUGACUCUGCCGGAAUGAUUAGCUCCACUAAAGAAACCUAUAUUGACCCUCUCCUAGUUACAGCUGAUAACAUAAACCCAGAUACUCUUUUUCCUGUGUAUACGAAAGCUGAAGAGCUCCUCUUAACCUUGAGGAGUAAAGCAGUUAGUAAAGCCUACGAGGUAUUUGAGAAUCCAGGUUUGGUCUACAAGGAGUGUGUUGUCAGUGGAAAGAACUCAGUUGUUAAAGCAAAGGAUGCCACAGUGAUUUGUGCAGUUACAGCUGCUGUCAAUGCAAAGGAGUUAUUGAUCACGACUGUAGAUAUAUCUAUAAAUCAGCUGUUGUUGUUCUUCGACGAACUAGGGAUAUCUGCCCUCAAAGUAUCUGUAAAGAGUAUGCACUUAGUUUUAAACUUUGGGCUAAGGAGGAGCUCUUUUAUUCUUCUGAAAUCCGUCGAUUUUAUCCUUGAAGCUCAUGGGUUUAGAACACUAUCUCAGAUUUCUCAGAUGGUUGAUGAUGUCCAGGGAUUAGUGUCUCAAUACACACCAAACUUUAACAUCUUUAAACUAGUCUUGGACUACAACAGUUUAUUGCCCUUGCUGAAACAGGCAGAAAAAGAAGAUAAUGCCUACAUGGUUCUUGUUCUCACCCAAAUGGAAAAGACUCUGCGAACUCUGUUUCGGACAAAUUUUAAAAGUUUAGAGUUUGGAAACCUUUCGAAGCUAGAUGUAAAGAUAUCGCUUCGCAUCAGAGAAAAGUUAUUGUCUGUUUGGAUCGGAUCUGAAAUAAUUCUAGAAGAUGUUUUUUGCUAUUUCGUCCGAGCUAGUGUUUGUGAGAUAUUUCUGAAAUUAGCCGUAGUACUCAUUAACGCUGAUGAAAACAUGAGGGGAAACCCAAUCAUCAAAUCACUGGAGACUGAAUCUGAGAAUACCACAGACUCUCUACUUCCCAGCCUCAGUUUUAGGUCGAAAGCUGUCCCACUAUCAUCAAUGGCUACCUGCAUUAAAAAUCAUUCAAGUGAAAUCAAUUUAAAAAUGGCGGACACAAGCCUCGCGGAGGAGCUGGCUGCAGCUGAAACUAGCCUCGCUGAGGAGCUGGCUACUGCGGAGGAACACGCUACCGCGGAAGACGACCAAGUGUUUCGCUGUUUCACCAAAGCGUUGGAACUACCAAUGGUAUCGGUUCUAACUAGCACGGUGACUGCCACAACAGAACUUAUCUCAAGAACAAGACCCGUCCAAAUGGUUACAGAGAAGAUCAGAACAGUUGGUGAGCGAGAAGAGGUUAAAUCUGUUUUGUCCUCUGUGAACUGUAUCUAUGAGAACAAUUUAAGUUCAAGGGUUGAGACGGUAAAGACUAAUCUUACUCCUACUCUGAAAACCCUGGAUGAUUAUGCUUGUCAUGGCAUGGACAGAGUUAACGAUAAGGUAACGGAGACUAAGGAUUACUAUGUGACCCCUGCGGUAACAGUUGUAACAGACCUGAAGGACAGUACACUAGAGAUGUACGGUACUUGUGUACAUAAGGUGGCUGAAACCAAGACAGCAUAUGUAGACCCUGUUGUACAUAAAGUUUAUGACAUCAAGGAUUCAACCACUAAGGCGUAUUCUGAGUGUGAGAGGAUGGUAUACUCAGCUAAGGAGAACUAUGUUAACCCAAUGCUUGAGAAAGCAUCUGACGUGAAGACGACCUACGUUACUCCAACAAUUAAAAUGGUGGACGAGGUCCGGACCGGUUAUGUUGUACCCGCCAUAAACAAAGCGUACGAGGCGGUUGAUAAUCCUGGACAGGUGUACAACGAGUGCGUAGAGUACGGAAAAGAAGCAAUUACGCACACCAAGGAUGCUACAAUCAAUACAGCUAUUGCAACAAUUGACUCUGCAAAAGGAUAUCUAGUGACUGCUCGUGAUACUGCUGUUAAUAAGCUCUCGUUGUACAUAGAAGACACCAAGACAACUGUCAAAAGAACUUCCAGCAAAACAUUGGAUAUAAGUCUAACAUAUGCUAAACAAGCAAGAUCCCGUUUUUUGAUAAAAUCCUCAGACCUCCUUCUUGAAGCUCAGGAAGCUCUUUAUGCUGGAUUAAUGGAACGGUUUCCCAAAUCUGCUGAUCUUUUGGACAGAAGCUUCAAAACUGUAACAUAUGCCAGUAGGGUCUUGUUUCUGAAAACAACUGAAGCUGCUUCAGUCAUGUUUGAAACCACAAGGAAAGUGAACGACGUUGUAGGGAAACGGCUGGAACAAUCCCGUGAAGUGUACAGGACCUCGAGAACCUUCAUUGUUUCUGCUACGGAAACUUCCCUGAAUUACGGACGACAGUUUAGAAAAUCUAACGAAGAUAAUAUUCGUUAUAUUGCAAGCGUAGCAGGCUGUUCAGCAUAUCUAGGAUUGAUAGGAUUGGAACUGAACAAAGAGAAAACACUAUGAGGUUUCAAACACUUGAAUAUCUGUUGUUUAUUAUUUACUUUUUAUGCUUUUUAUACUUUUUAUACUUUUAAAAACUAUUUAUGAAACAAAAUAUAAGUUAU